AUGGCCGGCCCAAGUGACAAGGCGCGCUUCUACCUUGAGCAGUCGGCGACGGAGCUGAACGAGCUUGAGCGCAAGAAAAUCUUCACACGAGAAGAGAUCAGCUCCAUUGCAAAGAAGCGCUCCGAUUUCGAGCAUAUAAUCAAUGCCCGCGGUUCACAUCCUGAAGACUACAUGCGAUAUAUCGAAUUCGAGAAAAACGUCGACGCUCUCCGCCGCAAACGCAUAAAGCGCCUGGGUGCUCGAUACAAGGGCCAUGGACAGCGGACGAUAUAUUUUCUCUACAAUCGCGCGACGAGGAAAUUCUCGGGCGACCUCACACUAUGGAUGCAGUAUAUCGACUUUGCACGCAAGGACAAGGCAUACAAGAGGCUGAACGACAUCUUCACUUCCGUCGCUCGCCUUCACCCCACCAAGCCAGACAUCUGGAUCAUCGCCGCAAAUUACUUCAUGGAGACCCAGGCGGACAUUACGAAUGCGCGAAGCUACAUGCAGCGUGGCCUGCGCUUCUGCAAGAACUCGGAAACCAUGUGGGUGGAAUACGCCAAACUGGAGACCAUUUACGUUGGCAAGAUUGCAGGCCGGAGGAAGAUUCUUGGUCUAGAUGUUGACCGUACGAAAAAGGCAGAAACGGAUGAGGAUGGCGACGAGGAUAUGAUUAGGCUUCCAACGGUGACGGCAGAGGACGUGAACCCUAGCUUGAAGCAAAACGACGGUGUAGAUGAGGUUGCGCUGCAGAACCUGGCUUCUGCUCCAGUCCUCACAGGCGCUAUUCCGCUGGCUAUUUUUGAUGCAGCCAUGAAGCAGUUCCAGGGCAAGCCCAGGAUGGCCGAGAGACUCUUCGACAUGUUUGCCGAGUUUGAACAGCUCUCAUGCAUACCCCAUAUUUUGCAGCACGUGCUUGAUUACCUACAAGAGCAUUACCCGCACGCUAUCGAGACAGACAUCUGCAGGUUCCGCAUGCAACUUUUCGGCUGCAACGCUACCGGCGCAGAAUUGGCCGCCGCAUUAAGCCAGGCCUUGGACCUGAUAAGCGCUACCGUUCAGCAGCAUCCCAAUGAGAAGACCAGGGUCUCCGAAGUCGCUGUUCGCCAUCUGUUAUCUCUACAUCGGUUACUUGCGGAUGCCGAUCCGGGCUUGCACAAGGCAUGGCGUGCAGCCCUGCGGAAACACGUGCGAGGAAUGGAGCAUGGUGAAGGAAGCGGUGAUGAAAUUGCUAGCGUGGUCGAAUCAUUACGGAAUCAGGGCAAGAAGCAUGAGGCGGAUAUGCUGGCUCGGACAGGUAUCAAAUACUGGGCUGCGAAUGAAGGGCUGCAAAAAUUUGUCUCCGCGACGGAAAGGUGA